AUGCGCGUAUGCGGCGGCGGCGGCGGCGGCUGCGCGCGGGGCCACUACUCCGACCGCGGCCUCCUCGUCGGGGCGCCGCAGCCGCAGGCGCCGGAUCCGUCGCUUAUUGACGCGCAGCGCGCGCAGCUGGAGCUGGUGCUCGCGGCGACCACCAUCGUGGUCUUCGUCGCCAGCGUGUCGUACGUCGCGCUCAGCACCAUCUUUGGCUGCCUCUGCACCGGCGCGUCCCAGCAGCAGCAACCCGGCGGCGGCGAGACGGGGCCGCAGGCGCAGCGGCCGGCGGCUGCUGUUGCCGAGGACACCAAGCGCGCGCUCGAGGAGAUCCCCGUGGUGGUGGUGCAGGUGACGCCGGACCCUGCAGGCAGCGAUGAGCCAGGGGAAUGCGCGGUGUGCCUGGCGGAGUACGCGGGCGGGGAGGAGGUGCGCGUGCUGCCCGCGUGCCGCCACGGCUUCCACCGCGACUGCGUCGACCGCUGGCUGCUCACGCGCGCGCCCACCUGCCCCGUCUGCCGCGCCCCCGUCGCCGCGCACGCCGAGGGGCCCGACGCCAAGGUCUAG